AUGUCGGCAAUAGUCAUCUUUGCGUACCCCCGCAGCUCAGCCUCAGACUUUAAUCUGGCCUACUAUACCUCCUCGCACAUGCCCAUGGUGGCCGAUAAGUGGGCGCGCUACGGGCUGCGCUCGUGGAGCGCCAUCGAGAUGACGCCGGGCUCGCCACAUGUGGUGCAGUGCGUCCUGCACUGGACCAGCGUCGGGGCGUUUGAAAAGGCCCUGGAGGAGGACGGCAAGGACAUUUUGGCGGACAUCAAGAACUACACGGACGUUGAGCCUGCUAUCUUGAAGGGGAAUGUGAAGGGGCAAUGGGCCGCGUGA